AUGGGCACGGUAGAAGCAUUGGAGAAAGCGAUCGGCAAGAAGACCGCCCGAGAAGGUUUGGAGUUUAGGAACGCCUUGAAGCUGGCGAGAGACAACAAUCUGACGCUCGUCUAUGACGAGGCUCACACCCUCUUCUCUUCACCAGAGCUAUGCUCAGCGCUCUUCAAGAGCAGUACAGCCUAUCAACCAAAGAUCCUGCUAUUCUCAGCUUCAGGGGAUGCUUCCACUGCAUCAACCCUGAUUGUGCCCACACCGGGUGAAAUUACCCAGAAAUACAUGUGGACACCUCCCUUGAACUCCACGUCAGAGCUUCAGGAGCAGCUGAAGGAAGCCGGUGUUAGGCUGGACCAGAAGAGCAUCAAGUUCUUUAUACAAUUUUGCGGUGGACAUCGUGGCAUCUUCAUUGCAGCAAUGCGCUGGGUGCAGAGCAAGCAGAGAAGUGGGAUUUCCCGCUGGGCUUUCCCGCAGACAGUGGGUUUUGUGCGGAAUAGCUACGAUGGAGGAGAUUGGGAUUGCGCAAAAACUGAGAUUUUGGGGUACCUGCGCCAGAGCCGUGCAGUGAGGGUCAAUGGUUUGUACAAAGACGUGAGCAACGUGCCGAGAGAGUUUGCAGAGCUUUUGUGCAAAGCCUCAACAACAUUGCCACAGCAUGUCCGGAGAGACCUUACCAUCCACGGCUUCGUGGUUCCCAAAUACAGUGGUACGGAGAGAGAGUUCCAACAGUUGGAUUGGAUGACUGAGGGCACAGAAUACCGAGCGGCAAAUCCUUUGCUUGCCUCGUAUUACUUCCACAAUCUGAAGAAGAGGCAGAAUUUACAAGUUCACUUUGAGCCCGGAAAACCCCAACACUGUGCAGACCUAUUGAUGCGAGCAUUGCCCUACCUGCUCUUCUCCCGGGUUGUGCGCUUCGAAGCAAACACUUCUGAGUUGGCGAAGGACGGUCUUCCGAGUGAGGAGCAGUACAACCAGGCGAUCUGCAUGGUUUUGAAAGAUAUGAUGUACCAGCCUGUUUCCACAAAGCAAUCUCGACAGGGUGUGGGAAAUCCAGACAUUGCACUGGAAAAUGGUGGGGAAAGGUUCGUUCUGGACGGCGUGAAAUUCGGAGGACAAAUCAACAGUCACCUUCAGCGCUUCAAUAGCAUGACGAACUACAAGAACGCCAAACACAAGGGACUCUACAUCAUCGGCAAUGACAAUAAGAAGAUGAGUGACACGGUGAACAAGACUCAAGCGGUUGAUGUGCAAGUCAUAGGCUUAGUCCCUAACAUAGCUCACACAGCCUACACCGUCCACGUGAAGAGCAAGGGCAUGAUCAUCAACACCUUCAAUGUGGAAUGCGACCUCGUGGCAAGGAGGUUGGUGCUCAAGGACGACGGCAAGCCUGAGCUCUACAGUGUCCAAUCGCUGAAGAGUGUCAAUCUACCUCCAACAGCUCAGACCAGUCUUGUGUGA